CCUUUGCCCUAUCUUACUUCCCGGUGCCUUUCCUGCAAAGCCAAACUUCUUGUGGUACAGGCAAUUCGGUACAAUGCAGGGCCAAGCACUUCGUUAUGCCCAGAUCUUCUUAGUCGCUUGCCCCUCCUUUAUCCUUUUCGGUUACAAUCAGUCCGGUGUCGGAGGACUCGAUGACUUUCCCUCCUGGGUGAGAGUAUUUCCAGAAAUUGACACAGUCAACACUACUGGAGCUCAGGAGUCUCACAAUGCCACCGUUCAAGGAGCUGUGGUUGCGUCAUACACUAUCGGAGCCCUCUUCGGGUCUCUGAUUUGUACAAUGAUCGGUGACAUGCUUGGACGUCGCCGAUCGAUCUUUUCUGGAGCACUCAUUGCAUUGAUUGGCCAAAUCCUGGAAUGCACCGCCUACUCUCUAGCUCAAUUCGUUGUUGGGAGAGUGAUUCUGGGUUUCGGUGUUGGCAUGCUCAGUGCGACUGUACCUGUCUGGCAAUCCGAGUGCGCGCCUGCUGCUCAGCGAGGACGGAACGUGGUGUUGACAGGCAUGUUCAUCGCCUUUGGUUUCGCUUUGACACAAUGGGUGAACUUCGGUUUCUACCACAUGGAGAACUCGCCUGCCUCGUGGAGGGCAUCACUUGCCAUCCCGGCCUUGUUUUCAUUCAUAAUCAUGGGCAGCAUUUUCUUCCUCCCAGAGUCGCCGCGUUGGCUCGUCAUGAAGAACAAAUCAGACGUGGCACAAUUUACUUUGGCAUCUCUGAGGGGCAAAGAGGUAGACUCGCUGGAGGUUGUGGCGGAGCUAAGAGCCUACGAGCUUUCUCUGGAGGAAUCCUCGAACAACUCACUUAGGCUCCGAGACAUCUUCAGUAUGGGAGAGGAGAAGCUCCUAUACAGGUUCAUCCUAUGUGUCACCCUCCAAUUCUUCCAGCAGAUGACUGGUGGAACUCUGAUCUCGGUCUACAUUCCUCUUAUCUUUCAAACAGAUCUUGGACUCGGUGCCAGUCUGUCGAAAAUCUUGGCAGCAUGCGCAUUGACUUGGAAGUUCCUGUGCUGCUUUGUGGGAUUUGCCAUCAUUGACCGCAUGGGACGACGCACAGCAUUUAUGGUCAGUGGCGGUGGUAUGGGCAUGUGCAUGUUGGCAUUGGCGGUCUCCAAUUCCUUCUCCAAUAACCAUACCGCAUCUAUUAUUUCCGCCCUUUUCAUUUUCAUUUACAACUUCUUCCUUCCGAUCGGCUUCUUGGGAGCCAACUUCCUUUACCCAGCCGAGGUGGCGCCUGCCCGUCUUCGUGUCGCUAUGCAAGCGAUCUCGAUUGCCAACCAAUGGCUAUGGAUGUUUGUCGUCGCUAUGAUCACUCCCGUCGCUAUCGACAACAUCGGCUAUCGCUACUACAUUGUUUACGCCAUCAUCGGUGGCAUCAUCCCUCCCGUCAUCUAUCUAUUCUACCCAGAAACAAAGGGCCGGUCCCUAGAAGAAGUUGACGAGAUCUUCCGUGACGCUCCCACCAUCUUCGCUGCGGUGUCGAUGUCGAAGCACAAGCCCAUGGGAGAUAGGGCCAUGGAGCGUGUCAUGGAAGAGAAGGCAACUGUGGAGGAAAUAGAGUAAAGACAUAGAAGGAUAAAUUUGGAUGAACUUGUCAGCGUUAUGUGUCUUAGAUGGACAUAGAUCUACUCUUGUAAUGCCACACGUCUGUGAUGAUCUGUACAUGAUUCAGUGCCUACCUAACUACUUGCCCUUACCAUAUAUACAUGACAGUUAAGAGCUCUUCAGACCUCUGAAGAAUACAAAUCGACGGACCAGCAAAAUGAACUAUGCUACUAGCUCACAGAC